UUUAAAGUAACGUGUAUUGACUAUAGGCUAGCUUUGAUUAAAAAUUAACCUAACAUUUUCGUUUUCAGAUGUACCUACUGUACCUGUAAAAAAUGGCAGAAGAAAAUAACAUACGACAUCGCUCGCGAGAAUCGAAACAAAAUGGAAUUAUCGAACAUCGAAACGAAAAGAUACAGGAUUCGGAGUUCAAGCCCAGAGAAUCUCCCCUAACGUAUCUUAUAAAGACUUCCCUUCACAUAAGAGCUAUGUAUCACAUUUUUGUUGUGAUACUUGUAGUGCUGUUAUUCGACACAGUCAUCUACGACCUCGUGGAACGUGGCAAGAUAAAUAUAGGGACAAGCACAGUGAAAUACGGUUUUGGAGACAUUGGUCGCGGCGCUAAGCUCUGGCUCUUCGAAUUUGCUAUCGCUCUCUCCUUCUACCCGGGACUACUGCUCUAUGUUACCGGAGCGAGAUUAUUCAAAAAUCAUACCGGUCUUCGCCGGCUAUGGACGACGAUAGCCAUCUCGGGGCUGGCGGCUCUCCAGGGCACUCUCGUCGCCGUGCCAGUGUGGGAUCUGGGCAGGAAACAUCUGGCACUCGCCUCCGGGGUCACCGUUACCUGCGAAAUGUUCCGUUUCGCAAUGAAAAUCCAUGCGGUAGCGGUAGCCUGCGCGCCCCGCUGGCGCGACGGCAGCGCGCCCCUUCCGACGUUCAGCCAUUACCUCUAUUAUCUGUUUGCGCCGACGCUUAUUUACCGGGAUCAAUACCCGAGAACGAAGCAGAUCCGGUGGGGCUUAGUGAUAUUCAACCUCGUGGAAGUGGCAGCUAUCAUAUUCUACAAUAGCUUCCUGUGGGAGCGGUUCAUUUUGCCCUAUUGGUCUGAGUACGGAAAAGAAAGCAAGGUGGAAGCAGGCACGGUAGUCCGUGGCAUGUUCGCGUGUGUGCUGCCCGGGGUGAUAUCAUUCUUGUGUGGAUUCUAUUGCCUUCUGCAUGCCUGGCUGAACGCCUUUGCCGAGAUGCUAAAAUUCGCAGACAGGCUAUUCUAUGAAGAGUGGUGGACAACAUCUCAAUUUUCGAGGUUCUACCGGGCUUGGAACCGCGUAGUACACUCUUGGCUGCGCGAUCACGUGUACAAGCCGCUGAUCCCGUACACUGGUCGCGCUGGGGCUGUCUUCGUCGUGUUCUUCGUAUCGGCUUGCGCGCAUGAAGUGAUAUUAGCGCUGUCGUUCGGGUUCUUUUACCCGGUGCUGAUGAUGCAGUUCGGGUUUUUGGGCGUCCUGCUGGUCCCCGUCACGGCCGCCAUCGGCCGCCGGUAUCCUAGCGCCAUGAACCUGUUUAUGUGGCUGGCCUUUUUCGUCGGGAAUGGUAUUCUCUGGAGCCUGUACCCGAUGGAAUACUUCGCUCGCAAGAACUGCCCUCCCUCCGAAAAUGACAGCUUCUUCAUUCCCAAGUCGUGGACGUGCCCUGAAAUUGUUCUCAAACCCAAUUGGACAUUUCAAAAUCCUUUCUAAACCAACAAUCCGUCUAAGCUAAUUAUGCACUAAGUCCAUCGACUUUGAG